AUGGAUCCGGCAACAAUCUUCCAGGUAAUAGGCACAGCUCUAUCUCUUGGUGACGUUGUUGUCAAGAGCAUUAUGAAAUUGAGUUCCAUCAAGGGGCGGUACCAGGGUGCUCCUAUGGUUCUAUCUACAAUGAUCGGGCAACUGUACAUUGUGAAAUCUGCUCUGGAUAGACUGGGCGAUUUCAGCAGACCAGAGCAUAGCCAACAUCCGAGACACCAGCAGUUAUCUCAACAGGUUGGCAGCGCACUCGACAGCUUUGGAUUACUGAUACUCGCCCUGGAGGAACGUCUGAGUCAAUUUGAAGCAACGGAAUUGACAGAUAUGCGUGUCAAAGACCGACUUGCUUUAUUGUGGAAUGAAAAAGACAUGUUGGACUACUCGAUGUUACUUGAUCGACAAGUCAAUGCCCUAACCUUGCUACUGCAAGCAAUGCAAUGUCCUUCUUGGCCACAGCAAUACGACUUGAUGUGCAAGGAAGAAAACGUCGAAAUACUGAGGCUUGCCACUGACUGCUCAACGUCCAUCGUCGGUGUUGACAAUUCGUCGGUUAGUUUUGUUUCUGAAAACACUGACCUCAUAAGCUUGAGGUUCGAUUUCGACAGGAUCAUUCUCGAGUCCAGAAUUUAUCAGCAAGCUCACAGAUCCCACUUGCGAAAAUCCAUCAGGUUCGACUACACAGAAGCCCCAAAAUCACCUCCGACACAAGAGACUCCUGCUGCAGUCUCUACCUCACAGGAGACACGAGAUGGCAUCCAAACUCCUGUCAAUUCCGCAUCCAAAGAAGCAUUAAUUCCCGCGAUAGAGUCUGCUAGACGACCUCUGUCCGAGUCAUCUGAUGCGGCCUCGGUGUUGCAGGAAACAUUACCGAUCGCUCAAUUUUCCGACAUGCUUCAUCUUGAUAAUGAUAACGAUGAGACUGAUCAUUCGAGCAAUCUUUCAAGUGGCCAUGACAAGGCAAAGAUGAUUGCUCCACGCCAAUCCAUCCCCUCUUCGCCGCCUUGGCAAAACAAAAGAUUUCGACUCGGCGAGUGGUGGAGGAGGCCUUCAAUGCACAAGUCUAUUGAGGCAUACAGAAAUCCGUCGCGCGAUUCACUCAUUCAAACACCCAGCCAAACGCCCAGCAUCACAACAACUGCUGAAUCAACCCGACCAAGAGCUAUGAAAUUGCUGUUACUUGGUGAUUCGGAGAGCGGCAAGUCUACCAUUCUCAGGGCAAUUUUAAUGCACCUCAAUAAGUUCGACGUUUAUUCGCGCAGUCUUGAACUUCGCGAAGUGAUCUGGUGCAAUAUUGUUGCUAGCACACGAGCAGUUCUCGAAGCAAUGAAGUCGUCAGAGAUCUUUUUUGAUGAUGCUGUUCUUCAGGGUCAUGCUGCAUCCAUCUUCAUGCAGUCUGAUGGGUACAGGACUCUCCCAGAUUCCAGGCUCUCCCAAGCCAUCCAGUUCCUUUGGAGCAAUGCAGAGUUUCGAAGGGCUUAUGAGCGAAUCGCCACAUGUUACAGAUCUCUUGACAACGCAGAGUACUUCGCGAAAAACGCUGAAAGAAUUAUAUCCCCGGACUACCAACCGACUGAGCAAGACGCCAUCUACUCGAUGACCAAAACAACAGGAAUCGAACGACUAGAAUUCAAGUUCAGUGGCUUCUCAUGGGAAUUAUUCGAUCUUGGAGGAGCGCGGAGUGAAAGAAAGAAAUGGAUUCACGCCUACGAGCUUACCGACACUAUCAUCUUCACGAUAGAUGUAACGUGCUAUUCCAAGACAGCUAAGGAUGACAAAACCAAUUGCAUGGAAGAACAAUUCUCAAUGUUCGAAAACCUCGCUCGUAGUAGCUGGUUCACCCGGACUGGAUUCGUCGUCGUUUUCACCAAAUGCGAUCAACUUGACCAGUGGAUGCAGAGAAGUCCUCCAAAGAAGUAUCUCCCCUUCUGGAGCCUUAUCGCUGGUGGUGGUAGUGAUGUGGAACAAUUCUUGGAAUACCUCGAAAAACGGAUCAUGUGUCUAGGUCCACUGGGCCACAACAAACGCUACCUAUUUCUUCGUGUGCGAUUCGACAAUAUGGACGCGCAUAAUCCAGCAGGAGAUAUAUUAGAGGCAGUGUUGGAGUCGCAGCGGUCGGGAUUCCUUUGA